AUGAUAAGAUACUGGAUUACUAAUGACUAUAGCCCGGCGCUCUUGCAAAUUCUUGAGUCCUGUCAUAAAACACAACAGUUGGUAACAUAUAUCACUACAUCGUCACCAGAGAAUCUUCUCUCUCUAAUUUCUUCCACUACACCAACAGCAGCAACAGCAGCACCAACAGCACCAACAGCAGCAACAACAACAACAACAACAACAACAAAUGCUUCUACGAUAUCGCUAUACGACUUGAUCAAUUAUGAGUAUGUGACUGAUCUCAACCAGUUAUUACGAAUAAACUUGUCCCAAGUGGUGAUUGUUGAAGGCUUGUCUGGAAUGAUUGAUGGUAGUAGUGGGGAUAGUGAUGUGUUGAGUUAUAAAAUUGUUGAGUUUUUCAAGAAAUUAAAGGUAAAAGAUAAGGAAAAGGAAAAGGAAGAGCAAGAGCAAGAGCAAGAGCAAGAGCAAGAGAUACAGGAGGAAAUAAAGGACAAGAGUAAUGAACGAGAGUGUUGGAUCAUCGACCACCGACGUAUUCAGUUCUUGGAAGUAUUGUGUAAUGAGUUUAGACUGAUUUAG